AUGGACUGUAAGCUGGGUGUAAAAGACAGGAGCAAAACUGGAAAGCACCAACGCAAAAAGAAAGUUCCUUGUACAGAUUGUAAGGAUCAAGAAGGAAAACUUCUAAAUGUUUUUUGGGCUGAUGCGAGGUGUCAUGCAAUGUACCGACAUUUUGGUGAUGUGGUGUCAUUUGAUACAACCUUCUUAUGCUGCAAUCAUCAUGGGUCAACUAUCCAUUUUGGUGCUGCCUUAAUCAGUCAUGAAGAUGCAGAGUCGUUCGAAUGGGUAUUCAGACAAUUUCUUGAAUGUAUGGGCCAACCCCCAAAAGGAAUACUAACUAACCAAUGUAAGGCUAUAGGGAAGGCAGUGGAAAUAGUAUUCCCUUAUAUGCCGCACAGGCUGUGUUUAUUUCACAUUAAGCAAAACGCAGCAAGGAACUUGGGGAAGUUACCGAGAUGGAAGGAGAUAGAGGCAGAUUUGGAUCAUGUUGUCCACGAUAAUUUUUGCAUAGAAGAGUUUGAGGAUGCAUGGAAGGCUAUGGUUAUAAAGUACAAGUUACAAAAGAACACUUGGUUAAGUGACGCAUAUGCUAAUAGGCAUCGGUGGGCUCCUGGCUAUUGGCGUGGCUUAUUUUGGGCUGGCAUGUCAUCAACGCAACGUAGUGAAAUGGAAAGGGAAAAAGACCUAAAUUAUAAAACAAAGCGUAAUCCAUUUUACUAUGACAACACUAUACUAGUAGAGGUGGUGUUUAGCAAGGCUUACACAAAUGAGAAGUUUAUGGAGGUGAGGAACGAGGUGAUAGGGCUAAAGCACACCAAUGUAAUAAAAACAGGAAACAUUGGUUUAACAAUUUUGUAUGAUGCAAAAGAGAAGAUCCCGAAACAUGUAUGGAAAGCAACGAGGCGGACGUUUAAGGUUUUCGUGGACAAAGAAAAAGGCGAAAUUAGUUGUAGCUGCAAGCUUUUUGAGUUUCGGGGUAUCUUGUGCCGGCACAUUAUUCGGGUGAUUGAGAUUGUAUAUAUUGACUGCAUCCCAAAGUACAUUUUGAACCGAUGGAGGAAGGAUAUCGUUAGGGAUUAUGAGGGCAUCAAGGUAUCGUAUUACGAUCGUAAGGAUUCAUUAUAUGUAGCUCAGAACAAUGAAAUUCAAAGGAGGCACAAAACCUUUCAACGUUAG